AGUAGGGAUGGCGGUUCAUUGUGAAAACAAGAAUUAAGGAGCAACAGCUGUUGCUCUCUCUCAAGUAAACUUAAGAGAUGGAAUUGAAGUAACAAUCGAAAUUUGAUAAGCAAGAUGGAGAUACAUCCGGACUUUGAUGCAGGGGAAGUUGCGCGAUCAGUUGCGUUAGCUGUAACUAAUCUUCACAAUCGGUCCGUGUCAUCCGACAGUGGGAAUGAUGAUACACCUCUUAUUAGAAACAAGACAGACAUGAAAGUUAAUUCUGAUUCCUUCGAGACUGGAGACAGAAAAGGUUUAGUAUCUUCUAAAAAAUCAUGGAGAAGGUAUUUCAGCAACAUACCAGCUCGCUAUGUCUUGACAAUAUUAGGAUUCUUAGGAUUUUGCAAUGUAUAUGCUUUAAGGGUAAAUUUAAGUGUAGCAUUGGUAGCCAUGGUAAAUGUAACUGAAACUAAUAAGUCUGAGGAAUGUGGUGGUCAUCAUGCUAAUGUUUCAUCAGCUAUGAAGAAUGGUGAAUUUGACUGGGAUGCUGAUGUGCAAUCUGAUAUUUUGGGAGCCUUCUUUUAUGGCUACAUUUUUACUCAAAUUCCUGGUGGUAGAAUGGCUGAAAAAUUUGGCGGAAAAUGGCUGUUUGGAUUAGGCGUUUUAUGUACUUCAGUAUUAACUCUGCUGACCCCUAUUGCUGCUAGAUGGAGUGUUAGUGCUUUAAUAGUUCUAAGAGUGUUAGAAGGAUUUGGUGAAGGUGUUACAUUCCCAGCUAUGCAUUCUAUGCUUGGUAGUUGGUUGCCGAAAUAUGAAAGGAGCAUGUUAUCUACUAUCAUCUAUAGUGGUGCACAAAUAGGAACUGUGAUAUCUCUUCCCAUUUCUGGAUUGCUCUGCUUUUCUGAUUUCCUUGGAGGGUGGCCUUCUGUUUUCUAUGUUUUUGGCACUCUGGGCUGUAUAUGGUUCAUAUUUUGGGUCAUUUUUAUUUAUGAGACUCCAGAGAAGCAUCCUCGCAUAUCACAAGCGGAACUGACUUUAAUUCAAACUGGUAAAGUCGAAAAUAGGGAGGUUCCUCCAAUUCCAUGGAAAAAAGUUCUUACUUCUGUCCCUGUCUGGAUUCUUAUGAUAACUCAUUUUGGACAAAACUGGGGAUUUUACACAUUUUUAACUGAACUUCCAACAUAUCUGAGUUCAAUUUUACAUUUCGAUAUCAAAAGUAAUGGCUUUCUGUCUGCCUUGCCAUAUCUACUUUACUCACUUGUUAGCUGGGUUGUAAGUUAUAUUGCAGAUAGUCUCCGAAAGAAAAAGACUUUUUCAAUAAGUGUAAUACGGAAAUUCUUUAAUAGUGUUGGAUUCUUUGGACCAGCUGUUUGUUUGAUUGGUGUAAUUUUAGUUGGAUGCGAUUAUGUUUGGAGUGUAAUAUUUCUUUCAUUAGCGAUGGGUUUUAAUGGAUGCACGUAUUCUGGCUAUAUGGUGACUCAUGUUGACAUGUCUCCCGAUUUUGCUGGCACAUUAAUGGGAAUGACAAAUGCUUUUGCUACUUUAGCAGGAUUCUUAGCUCCUAAAGCUGUUGGGAAGUUAACCAAAGAUAAUGAAACUUUAGCCCAGUGGAGAAUAGUUUUCAUUAUUGCAAUUGUAGUUUACACUGUAACAGCUCUCCUGUUCAUAAUUUUUGGUUCAGCUAAAUUACAAGAUUGGGGUAAAGAAUCUGAAUCAGCCAUCAGAGAAAAAAAUGCUGAAAAAAAUAGUGAUCUUGAUGAAAAAUAACCUUGUAAAUUUGUAUUAUUUAUGUAUUUAUUUCUGCCCAUUUCAUUUCUCCUUUGUAUAUUUUCAUUAUAUAUAAUAUACUGCUGGAAUCAAUAAGUAUCAAGUGUUUGUGUUGUGUAUAACAGCUUGAUAUAAUCCAUUUUAGAUACUGUAUCAGACUGUUUGUUUUGAUAUUAUUCUCCAAACAGUAUUAACAGACUGAAAUUCAUUGAAAAUUUCUCUUGUUGAGUUUAAAAUUAGAUUAAUUUCAAGCAGGAAGAUUAAUUUCAGUUACCAUCUUGGUUCAGUUACCAUGUUUCAUUAAUUGAUCAAGAACUCAAUUUGCUGAUAGUUUUUUUUUUUUUUUUUUUUUUUUUGUACUGAGUUAUAAAAAUGCAGUGAAAUACGAUAGAUUUAGAUUCAAAAUCAUAUGGUCACAGAUUUGAGAUUCCACUAGAGAUUUUGGUGCAUGGCCAAGCCAUUGGAAUUGAACAGUUUGCUACUGUAAUUUGAAAGUUUUAAGAUUGAAUAUUGCUUCAGUUUACUGUUUAGAAUUAAACUGUCUGAUCCAAAAAUAGUUUUGAAUUACCUUCAAAAUAGGCCCGGUCCCUACUGUUUUUGUGCAGAAGUCUGGAGAAGAAGUUCUCCUUGUCAUUUGAAUUCAGCUCAAAUUUAUGAGAUCUAUCUCAAAAUAACUCAAGUGAUGCUUCAAAAUGUAAGCUUAAUAUUAAAAAAUCAAACAAAAUUGAUUUUUAUCUAACUAAAAUAACUAAAUCUCCAGAUACUGAUUGAUGCUAUAUUUCUUGCCCAUGUUAUUUUUUAUAGAUUUUUUUUUUUGUGUGUGUGUGUGUGUUUAUAACAAACAACUAUUAUCCUUGAAAAUCUGUAGCAUGAUCAAAUCAGAACGGUUUUAUCUUAACAGAUCUUCUACAAAGUUUAAUCAGAAAUUGUUCUUAGUUUUUGCAAAUCUGUACACUAUACUGUUUGUAAUAUCUUGUUGCAUUCACAGUAUUUUCUUAAAGUAGGAUUUUAAAUCAACCAUUUUUAAUAUUUGAAACUUCAUAAAAUAGUAUUUUUAGAAAAUACUAUAUAGGCUGAAAAAAUCCCAUAAAAUGUCUGAAGGCAUUUCAAAUUAGACACAAGCUUUAUUACUUAUUGAUGCUAGUGGUAUUACAUUUUAAAAUGUCUUCUGAUUUUUUUUAAAUAUUUCAUUUGUGUUAUUUUAAUACAAUUCAUAUGUAGAAUUUUUUCAUGUGAUUCUCAUGUUUUGAAGGAUUUCAGUUUUUUUAAAUCAUUUCUGUAGAGUUUUGAUUAUUUUGUUUAUAAUAUUUUUUAUUAUGUUUAGAUCUAUUCUUUCUUUUUUAUGCCUCGAUUUCUGAAAAAUUAAAAGAAUGGACCAAAAGUUUACACAUCUUUGUAAAUUAUUUAUUAAAUAACAAUAAACAAUGAAUAUUCCAGAUAAAAAUAUAUGUUAAUCCAAACAUGUAAUCUAAUUUUUAUCUAUUCAAUUGUAGUUUAAUAUACUGCUGUAGUAAUAGUCCAAUUUUAAUCUUUUUUUAUGGGGAAUCCAAAUGCUGUACCAAAUGAUUCCCCUCUCUUUUCUUAUGUGACUGGUAUCACUGUUAUAUAAGUCACUUAUUUUAAAUCUCCUCAAAGACCUGGUGAGUAGAAUGCCCAAAUAGUCCUGUACAUCAUUUUAAUCCCUUAUUCUCUUGUACCACCUCAUGUAUGAUGCUUGUAUUGAUUGUUGAUAAGGAAGGAAAGAAUAAGUAAAUCCAUAGAUGAUGAGGAAAGAAAGAAUAAGUAAAUCCAUGAGUGAUUGAAAUGAAUUUCAGAUAUUAUCUUCCACGGAUUCGAGAAAGCAAUUUCAAAGUGUCUCUGCAACAUUCUCAUUUUAAAAGAUAUUUUAAUGAUUUUUUUUUUAAAAAAUCUUUAAUACAGAAGUUUAUAUAUAUACAGUGCUCGUUAAAUAUUAUUUAUUAAAUAAUAAAAUAAGAC